AGUGCAGUACCGUGGGCUGCUUACGAUGUGAAGAUAGGAGAAAACGUGGGUACUUCAGGUUCCACAUCUUCUCCAAAAAUCUUCCCUUUUCGUUGGGGUCUUUAGCUUUGUUGUUCCUCCACCACAAAUCCCUUCCCCUCCCCAAAAAUAGUAAUAAAAUUAUAAAGCAAAAAAGGUAGAAAAGCCCCAUUUCAUUUCUUCAAGUUGACACUUGAUUCACUGAUGAACAGUCAAAAACUUGUUUGGGGUUGAAGUAUAGUUGAUUCUUGAAAAUACCCAAUUUGCAAAAACUUGUUUUGGGUUGAGGGGUAGUUGAUUCUUGAAAAAUACCCAAUUUGCUAAGAACUUGUUUGGGGUUGAGGGGUAGUUGAUUAUUGAAAAAUACCCAAUUUGCUAAAAAGUUGUUUGGGGUUGAGGGGUAGUUGAUUAUUGAAAAAUACCCAAUUUGCAAUUGGGAGUAUAGAGGGAGAUGGUGGAAAGUUCAGUUGGAGGGGUGGUGCCAGCAGUGAAGGGGGAGGUGAUGAGGAGGAUGGGGGACAAAGAGGAGGGGGGUAGUGUAACUGUAAGGGAUGAAGAGGUUGGGACAGUGACAGAAUGGGAAUUGGACAGGGAAUUGUUGUGUCCUAUAUGUAUGCAGAUCAUAAAGGAUGCAUUUUUAACAGCUUGUGGGCAUAGUUUUUGCUAUAUGUGCAUAGUUACUCAUCUUCAGAACAAGAGUGAUUGCCCCUGUUGUUCUCAUUAUCUCACUACCAGUCAACUCUAUCCCAAUUUCCUACUUGACAAGCUAUUGAAGAAGACAUCUGCCCGUCAGAUUUCAAAAACUGCAUCCCCUGUUGAACAAUUUCGUCAUUCAUUGGAACAGGGUUCUGAAGUGUCAAUUAAGGAGCUGGACGCUCUAUUAUUGAUGUUGUCAGAGAAAAAGAGGAAAUUGGAACAGGAGGAAGCAGAGCGAAAUAUGCAAAUUCUGCUAGACUUCUUACAGAUGUUAAGGAAGCAAAAAGUUGAUGAACUCAAUGAGGUGCAACAUGAUCUGCAAUACAUCAAAGAGGACUUAAAUUCAGUAGAGAGACAUAGAAUAGACCUAUACCGGGCUAGGGACCGGUAUUCAAUGAAGCUCCGAAUGCUAGCAGAUGAUCCUAUUGGGAAAAAACCUUGGUCUUCAUCAACUGAUAGGAACUUUGGUGGUCUUUUCUCCACUUCACGAAAUGCACCUGGAGGAUUACCGACUGGAAACUUGACAUUCAAAAAGGUGGACAGCAAAGCUCAAAUAAGCUCUCCUGGACCACAGAGAAAAGAUACAUCAAUCAGUGAACUGAACUCACAACAUAUGAGUCAAUCAGGUCUGGCUGUGGUUAGGAAGAAGCGUGUCAAUGCACAGUUCAAUGAUCUCCAAGAAUGUUACUUGCAAAAGAGACGUCAAUUGGCGAACAAGUCGCGAGUUAAGGAAGAAAAGGAUGCAGAUGUCGUACAAAGAGAAGGUUACAGUGAAGGACUAGCAGAUUUUCAGUCUGUACUUAGCACUUUCACUCGUUAUAGUCGGUUAAGAGUCAUUGCUGAACUUCGGCAUGGGGAUCUGUUUCACUCGGCCAAUAUUGUUUCAAGCAUUGAAUUUGAUCGUGAUGAUGAGUUGUUUGCUACUGCUGGAGUUUCACGGCGUAUAAAAGUUUUUGACUUCUCUUCAGUUGUAAAUGAACCUGCAGAUGCACACUGCCCUGUUGUUGAAAUGUCUACCCGAUCUAAGCUGAGCUGCUUGAGUUGGAAUAAGUAUACCAAGAACCACAUAGCUAGUAGUGAUUAUGAUGGAAUAGUAACUGUAUGGGAUGUGACCACUAGACAGAGUGUGAUGGAAUAUGAAGAGCAUGAGAAACGGGCUUGGAGUGUUGAUUUUUCACGCACAGAACCCUCGAUGCUUGUAUCUGGCAGUGAUGAUUGUAAGGUCAAAGUUUGGUGCACGAAGCAGGAAGCAAGUGUUCUUAAUAUUGACAUGAAGGCAAAUAUAUGCUGUGUAAAAUAUAAUCCUGGAUCUAGUGUUCAUAUAGCGGUUGGCUCUGCGGAUCAUCAUAUUCAUUAUUAUGACUUGAGGAACACCAGCCAGCCGGUUCACAUUUUUAGUGGCCAUAGAAAAGCUGUUUCAUAUGUAAAAUUUUUGUCCAACAAUGAACUUGCUUCAGCAUCAACAGACAGUACUCUACGAUUGUGGGAUGUAAAAGAUAAUUUGCCGGUUCGCACGCUUAGAGGACAUACGAAUGAGAAGAACUUCGUUGGUCUCUCAGUGAACAAUGAAUUCCUCUCGUGUGGCAGUGAAACAAAUGAAGUAUUCGUGUACCAUAAGGCGAUCUCCAAACCAGUGACUUGGCAUAGAUUCGGUUCCCCAGACAUAGACGAAGCGGAUGAAGAUGCAGGAUCUUAUUUCAUCAGCGCGGUGUGCUGGAAGAGCGAUAGCCCUACGAUGCUAGCUGCUAAUAGUCAGGGAACUAUAAAAGUGUUAGUUCUUGCAGCUUGAAGUUAAUAAAGCUGCUAGUUGAGAAUGUUCAAAUUUUUUAGUGUCAAAACAGUGAAAUGGAAUAUCACAUUCAAUUUUUCUUCUGUAGAUAUCUAUUCAACCAUCAAGAUGGCAUGGUUCCCCCCAUAUUUGUCAAUGUAUUCAUCAUUAAAACAUGUAACACAAGUUGUAGGGCUUGGUAAAUUUAGAAGAAUUUUACUGGCAAAGUUUGUGUUUUUUUUUCUUUGUGCUGAAGGACAUCUUCAUGGAAUAAACUUACUCGUAUCCAGCGUUUA